AUGGUCGAGUUUGGGUCGUUCAACAAAAUCUGCGAGACGGCAGCGCUUGUCAUUUGUCCUCUAGUAGGCACAGAUCAAGGAAUCGAGCCAAUAUGCUACAGCCGUAACGUCGGUAUUGGGGGGACGUUAAUUUUCCAACCUUCCACUUGUUUCGUGCACAUUGUGGCUAUCAUCAUGACAGCAAUCAUGAUUCUUCAUAUUCGCAGCAAGUAUACUGCAGUCGGUCGAAAGGAGAUUGUGAUGUUCUUUUGGAUGUACGCUGUAAUCGAGCUGCUCGCCAUGUUCCUCGACUCGGGCAUCAUUCCAACGUCAAACGCCAGCUAUCCCUGGUUCGCAGCUGUCUACACAGGCCUUGUAGCAGCAACCUACGCCUGUCUCCUAAUUAACGGUUUCGUCGGUUUCCAAUUCGCAGAAGACGGCACUCCUUUGUCUCUCUGGUUCCUCAGAAUAUCAUGCCUAGCAGUCUGGGGUAUCUCAUUCUUCGUCGCCAUCGCCACCUUCAAACAAUUCGCCGGAUUCAAGUACGACAAACCCAUCGGGCUGUGGAUCAUCUACAUCCUCUGGCCGCUCAUCUGUACCGUCAUCUAUGUCGUCUCGCAGUUGAUCCUCGUCUUUAGGACGUUGGAGGACCGCUGGCCGAUUGGUGAUAUCGUCUUUGGUACUGCCUUCUUUACUAUUGCCCAGGUCCUGCUGUUCGCAUUCAGUGUGACGAUUUGCGAUGCUAUCAAACAUUAUAUCGACGGAUUGUUCUUCUUCACGCUUUGCAUGCUCUUGAGCGUGAUGAUGGUCUACAAGUACUGGGAUUCCAUCACUCGCGAAGACCUCGAAUUCUCCGUCGGCUCCAAAGCCGCAAUCUGGGAAGUCAAAGACCCACUCCUCACUUCAGACGUUAUGGGCCCCGCUGAGGACGACGUGGGUAGCACGUACCACCCGGCUCCCAGUUUGGUUGGUGGGGUUAGUGGGAACCAGUUUUAUGGUGGUGGUGCUGGUGGUGGGAUGGGUGGUGGUGGGCAGGGGAGGAGGUACCCGCCUAAUGGGAAUUAUUAA